AUGUCUAAGUGGGGGAAGAUCCACGACUCCUGGCUCUGUAAUGCCAUAACCGAGAAGUCUUGCAAAUCAUGGCAGCAAGUCGUUGACGCCUUUAAUCUCAGCUUCCCUAAUUAUACGAACCCCCCAAACGAGGAUGUCCUUGCUUUCCGUUGGCAAGUAAGUAAUAGGUGGAAAGAGUUGGGAGCGAGCUAUAAAGACCCUUUCACUAUUAAUAAAAUUGCUCAACCCGUUACUGCGCCUGCUCAACCCAUUACUGAGUCUGCUCAAGUUACCAACCGGUCUUAUCGGGCGUGGACGGGGGAGGAAGACAAAUGGCUAUUGGGCGUUACGGAAAAGGUCCUCCAGGCGCGACCCGAUCGAUGGGGCAGGGAAGAGUGGCAGGCAGGGUGGAUUCUUGAGCGGUCUCUCGGUUGGGAGAUCAUCGCGGCUGACUAUAGGGACGCCAUAGGACACAGAAGGGCUAUUUCCCAGGAGAGUCAAUGUAGUGGCGUGGAGGAGAGUGACAACGAUGUGAAAUGGGAGUUUGGCAGAGUUGGAGACUCUGGAUCUAGAGAGGACAGAUCCGGAGAGAAAUCGAAUGGCAGAAAGAAUAAACAGGAUGAAGAGAAUGAGGAUGAUGGAGACGAUUAUGGAGGCGAUUAUGGAGGCGAUUAUGGAGAUGAUUAUGGAGAGAGUGAUGGAGAGGGUGGAGGGGAUGAAUAA